CAAAGAAGAAGAGUCGCCGACGCGUGCAAAACACGCCGAGUUUAUUUUAUUUUAUUUUAAAACAAUUCAAUAAGCGAGCCAUGGAUGAUGGAGACUACGAUAACGAUGACGUUGGUGGCGACGAUUUCGAUGAUGUCGACGAGGAUGUGGACGAGGACAUUAAUCCGGAAGAGGAGGCGGACAACAUCGAGAUCAUAGCCCCCGGAGGAGCGGGAGGAGGUGGUGUGCCGAAGUCCAAGCGAAUCACCACCAAGUACAUGACGAAAUACGAGCGCGCCAGAGUUCUGGGCACCCGUGCCCUCCAGAUCGCCAUGUGCGCACCCAUCAUGGUGGAGCUGGACGGGGAAACGGAUCCGCUGCAGAUCGCCAUGAAGGAGCUCAAGCAGAAGAAGAUCCCCAUCAUCAUCCGCCGAUACCUGCCAGACCACUCCUACGAGGACUGGAGCAUCGACGAGCUGAUCAUGGUAGACAAUUAGCUAGUACAGAACGUAAAUACCCAUAACGAAAUAUACAGACUAAGAUUAAGAAAA